AUGUUCGGGGAGAUCCUCAAGACAGGCUGGCUCUCUCGCAAGAGCAAGAAGUCUGGCGAGUGGCGCGAGUGGUGGUGGGUGCUGCGCCCGGGCGUAAUCUCCUACCAGAAGAACGAACAGGCUGCCAAUGAACCGUUGGGGAUGAUCAAUCUCGAAGGCGCCAAGCUCAAGCGUACCGGGCUGGAAGAGGGCAAGAAGGUGGGGUGCAUCCAAGUCUCAACCGGCGAAAAGGAGUACUUCAUCUUGGCCAAGGGAGAGCGCCUCCUCACCGAAUGGAUCGUUGCGCUGGAGAAGGCCGCCCAGCCCAGGCCCACCGGCAACCAGCUCAUCCGCACCACCUCAAAAACCGACACAAGCAGCCGACUUAACCAGCCAAGCCGACCUGGCAGCUCCAUCGCGCCGGUCUCGCCUGGUGCCGUGCGGUCCAUGAACGCCACCCACACCCUCAGCGGCAGCGCAAUCCCGACCGUCCACAACCAAAACAACACCAACAACAGCCAUAACAACAACAGCUCCAGCAGCUUCACGGCUGUCGGCAACAACAGCGGCGGCGAUGCCACUUCUUCUUCUGCUGCUGAUGACAAGCAGCGACGAGAGCGGGACAGGGAGGAGCGGGAGAAGAGGGAGCGACGCGAGCGAGAGGAGCGGCGGGACAAGGAGGCGCGGGAGCGGCGGGAGAAGAGGGAGAGGGAGGAGCGCGAGCGGAAGGAGCGGGAGGAGAAGGAGAAGGCGGAGAGGGAGGAGCGGGAGGAGAGGAAGGCGAAGGCCUAA